CAGUACUGACAAGUUGACGAAUUGACGACUGCUUGUAGUCCUGUAUCCGUGGAAGACAGUCUCUUGACACAAAAGUUUGGAAACGUAAUUAUCUUCUUGAAAAUGGCAAGUGCUGAUUCUGGUGUUCCAUCAGACUCUAAUGCUGGACAAAGUAGAUAUCGUCAACGCACGGCUGUGCUGGGAAAUCUACCUGAUGAUUUUCUAAGACCUGACAGUCUCCAGGGUAGUAAUCCAUCUCACCAAGAACGUAUUGAUAGAGAACUGGCUAUCCAACUUCACCAGCAGCAGCGUGUUGCAAAUAUUCAGUAUGUCAACCAAAGCUAUGCCGGUCAACUAAUCAUCACCAUUGUUGAGGCUUCUUUUGUUAAGAACUACGGAGUAACUCGAAUGGAUCCUUAUGUCCGUGUUCGCAUUGGCCACACAAUCUACGAAACCCCUGCUUGUCCAAGCGGUGGCAGAACCCCUCGCUGGAAUAAGCGCAUCCAAAGUUAUCUGCCGACUGGAGUGAAAAGCAUUAGUAUUGAAGUCUACGACGAGUGCGCAUUAACAAUGGAUGAACUGAUUGCCUACGGCCAGAUUCCUAUUCCGGAAAUUGUUUUCCGCGGAGAAUCCGCCGACCAGUGGCUGCAAUUAAGCGGCAAACAAGGCGAACAUAAAGAAGGGUCUAUUCACAUGAUUUUUACACUCCUGCCGAUUGCCGCCCCACAGCUGAUUGCACCGGGGACUAUGGGAUUCGCCAUGGCUCCAGCGUACGGCGGUUAUCCACUAGUGAAUUCCACAGUUGUUCCGGUUGGGCAAGCACCAAUAGCAACUCCUAUGAUGGUCAUGCCCGGCUAUGCUCCUUCCUGUGUCCAAAUGCCCAUUUACAACACAGCCAAUCCAGCUAUGGUGACUCCCCAAGGAAAUCUUCCCGUCGCUUCCCGCCCGAAACCACUUACUCAAGAGGAAAUUAAAGAAAUUAUGAGCAUGUUUCCGACGCUUGACCCUCAAGUAGUUCAGAGCGUCAUUGACGCAUGUGAUGGGCGUCGUGAAGCAAUCGUCGAUAGUCUUCUUCAGAUUUCUGAACAGUAAUUAAUUUUUUUAGACUGCCGGGGACGAAGGUUAAUUAUUUUUGUUCAACAUCGCUUAUUCGUUACAUUACUUUUAACAUGGAAUGAGUUCCUUAUUACUAUUCAUAAUAUUUUUUUAAAUUAACAAAUAGCUGUUUGCAAAGGAAAUUUCUAUUUUCAACUUUUCACAGUGGCUAGUCAUUUAUCUGAUUGAAAAGGCUAUUCCAGUUAAUUUUUGUGUAUUAUCACAUGGUAUUUCUUCCAUGUCUAGAUUUCUAAAUUCCCCUAAUAAUAUAUCCUCACUGUGGCGUAAGUUUAUGAAGAAUACAUGUUGGCUAACUUUCCCUUACAA